AUGGAAGCGAACUCGGGUAGCGAAACUGCACAAACAUUUCUCGAAAGGAGGUUGAGGCGCAGUAGUCCCAAUGGCUUCAAAACUUUCAGUUACUUACGUAAUAAAAAUUUACUUUGUGACGCGGUCCUACGGUUGGAAGACGGUGGUGGUUUUCCAGUUCACAGAGUGAUUCUCUCCACAUGCAGCGCAUAUUUCAAGACACUUUUCACCACAACAUUAAAUUCUAAGGAAAAGACAGACGUCCUCUUGCCCGGAGUGACCUCAAAGACCAUGACUUUCAUAUUGGAUCACUGUUAUAUGAGGAAAGUGGACAUCAACGAGGAGAACGUGAUUCAGCUGUUGGUGUCUGCUGGCUACUUGAUGAUGGAAGAUCUUAUUGAACUCUGCUGCGGCUUCAUCAGGAGCAUGCUCGUCCCUGAGAACUGUAUCGGCAUCAUGCGAUUCGCAAGGGACCACUGCUUCCCCAGCCUUGAAGAGGCCGCACGCUGCUUCGUGAUGCGCAACUUUGCGCAAAUAUCGCAGAAAAGUGAUGAACUACUGGAACUGCCGCUAGAGGAACUACAAGGUCUCAUAAGUUCAGACGAACUGAAUGUGAAAACUGAGGUGGUUGUGUGGGAGAGCGUUCUUCGUUGGAUCAACCACGACACGGAGAACAGAAAACACCACAUCAUGAAGCUCGUGAAGGGAGUCAGACUAGGACUCUUGGACUCACAAUUCUUCCUUGAAAAUAUUAUGGAUCACCCUUAUUUUGAUGGACAUGAAGAAGCUCAACACAUUUUAAUAGAUAUUCUUCGAUUCCUGAUUGAAUUGGAGCUAGCAGACUACAAAGACAUCGAAAUUCCGACUCAUGAGUUUGCCCAUCCACGUAUUCCGCACGAGAUUCUGUUUGCUAUUGGAGGAAUAACCAGGUUAAAUAUUACGAAUUCCAUCGAAACGUACGACCCACGGGCAGAUCGAUGGGUUCAAAUAAAUGAGGCCGAUAUGACGGACUCGCGAACGCAUCAUGGCACUGCUGUGAUUGAUUUCAACAUUUACGUGAUCGGCGGUAUGGACGGAGGGGAUGAAUUGAAGAGCUGCCGCUGCUACAACGCUGUGUCCAAAACGUGGAGCGAGGUAUCGCCGAUGCACGUAAGAAGAUGCUUCGUGAGCACGGCCGUGUUGGAUGGAUUGGUAUACGCUAUUGGUGGCUUUGAUGGCUACAGCCGCCAGAAAACGGUUGAGCGGUACGACCACAAGAAGAACCAGUGGACCAUGAUCGCUCCCAUGAACAUGAAGCGCUCUGAUGCCGGUGCAACUGCGCUCAACGGUAAGAUCUAUGUCAUUGGUGGAUUCAACGGUCAGGAAUUCAUGAAUUCAGCAGAGGUCUACGACCCAGAGUUGAACGAAUGGACGCUCAUUCCGCGAAUGCGUUUUAUACGUAGUGGCAUCUCCUGCAUCGCUUAUCACGGACAUGUGUAUACCAUGGGAGGAUUCAAUGGCAUAUCUCGCAUGCGCAGUGGCGAAAGGUAUAAUCCAACGACAAGAAAAUGGACGAAGAUCCCUGAUAUGCAUACAAAGCGCAGUAACUUCGAUACUGAAGUGAUUGACGACAAGAUAUUUGUUGUGGGCGGAUUCGACGGUUACACCACCAUCAGUAGCGUCGAAUAUUUUGAUGAAAUGUCAAAUGAAUGGUUUGAAGCUCGUAAUAUGAACCUGUCUAGAUCAGGUCUGUCGGUUUGCUCUAUGAUGAGUUUGCCGAACGUAUGUGAUUACACGAAUUGAUGAAUGAAGGAGAAGCGUCACAAGCCGUUGCCAUUGAAAAGUAAAAGAAAGCGACAAAUGGAACAACAGCAGGAACAAAACAGUUCAAGCCAACAACGUGAACGCUAACCCUCAAUGAUGACGCGAAUAUGCAAUGACAUUCCAAGCGAAGUUCGCAGAAGAGAAGAAAGGGCAGUGGGCAAAUAUAAACACAAGGGAAAGUUGCCUAAUAUCGUGUACACUUUCUUAACUUAAUUUAAGAAAGACUGUUUUAAGUUGAAGGAUAUUUCUUUCCAAUUUACAAAAUUAAGCAUUUCGGCGACAUUAGGAACCUGUCUCUUCGACAGUGACCAGAUGAUUAGGAGAAAGUUUGUUUCCCCCAUCUUAAAAAUGUAGAAAGACGCAGAAACAUUUUCCGGCAGAAGAUGCAGACUCAAGUUUCCAUAACGACAAUAUUUAAUGUCUUUCCCCCCCUUCCUUCGGUAAGCCCAUCUCAUCUCUGACUGCUUUAACUGUCCUCAUUACUGAGACUAUAUCCCACAUCACGCGCUCCCUUAGCUUACUUUCCUGA